CUCAACUGGCCACCAGCAAACUGCCUCGCCAAGAACACUUCAACCGCCAUUAUAAUAUUCACGAAAUUUGCCCUCCCGAGCUGCCCUUUUGCUCCACGCCUCUCCGCUCUCCGGUUUUGACUCGCCAUCCAUCCCCUCUCCCCGGCUCCCCCCCAAAGAUUUUCACUUUCCACGCCGGGGAGAUCAGCACGGUCCAAAGAUCGCCGGGGUUUCUUGGCCGGCAUUUUCUGACGGCCGGGCGAGAUGAGCUGCUUCCCGUGCUCGGGGUCCUCGGGGAAGGCCGGGGAGGACGCGGCGGCGCUCUCGCCGUCGCCCCGGCCGUCGGCGGCGAAGCCGGCGCCAGAUCGAUACAAUUCUCGUAGUUCAAGCUCUGUUCGCAGAGGAGGAAGUGCUCCACAUGGCCCGGCAAAGAUUUUCACUUUCCGAGAGCUAGCUAUUGCUACCAAGAAUUUCAGAAAAGAUUGUUUGUUGGGUGAAGGUGGUUUUGGUCGUGUCUAUAAAGGACACAUGGAGAAUGGACAGCAGGUUAUUGCUGUGAAGCAACUCGACAGAAACGGUUUCCAAGGAAAUCGUGAAUUUCUUGUGGAGGUUCUCAUGCUAAGCCUCUUGCACCAUCCCAAUCUUGUCAGAUUAAUUGGCUAUUGCGCAGAUGGUGAUCAGCGCCUCCUCGUUUAUGAGUAUAUGUUAUUGGGAUCGUUAGAAAAUCAUCUGCAUGACCGCCCACCAGACAGGGAGCCCCUUGAUUGGAAUGCAAGGAUGAGGAUAGCUGUCGGUGCAGCGAAAGGUUUGGAGUACCUGCAUGAUAAGGCAAAUCCACCGGUCAUAUAUAGAGAUUUCAAACCAUCAAAUAUUCUUCUGAGCGAAGAUUAUUACCCGAAGCUGUCUGACUUUGGGCUUGCUAAACUUGGCCCUGUUGGUGAAAACACUCAUGUAUCAACAAGAGUUAUGGGAACGUAUGGCUAUUGCGCUCCUGAAUAUGCGAUGACAGGGCAGUUGACAGUAAAGUCUGAUGUUUACAGUUUUGGUGUUGUGUUCCUUGAACUUGUUACAGGUCGGAGAGCCAUUGAUCACACCAAGCCUGAUGGGGAGUCAAAUCUUGUUGCAUGGGCUCGCCCGAUGUUCAGAGACCGUCGAAAGUUCUGCCAGAUGGCCGACCCGUUGCUGCAAGGCCGGUAUCCCAAGAGGGGUUUGUACCAGGCUUUAGCCGUUGCAGCAAUGUGUUUGCAGGAGAAAGCGGCGUCCCGGCCCCUCAUAGGGGACAUUGUCACUGCACUUUCUUAUCUAGCUUCCCAACAUUAUGAUCCGAAAAGCUGUAGGACCUGCCCGUCUACCCCAAGGGCGAAAGCACACCGACGGACAACCAGUUGUGUUCCUGAUGCUCAACGUGCAGCUGACACGCUUAACUGGGACGCCGUGGACUUGAGGAGAAAGGAGGCUAGAGGAGGGGAGUUUGAAGAGGAUCUCAGUGAAGGCUGCUGCAGUGGCAGUAGCUCUGGGAGGAAUGAUGGCCUGGAUGUGCCAGUACUGCUUGCCUUGCACAGUGGGAAGUCUUACAGUGAAGCUGAUAGAGAUCGCAAGUCUGCUGUCAAGGUCGAUGCCCACGAGAAACUGAGAGCAGACCCUGGCAAAUAUAGCAGGCAGGUUUGAAUUUGAUGGCCAAUACGAACGGGCAGUGUUGCCGUUAAUUUUGCCAGGCAUCUUCACACCUGCAUUGGUGACGGGUGAGUGCUUCUCUGUGGUUCAGACCAGCAUUUUUCUCUCAGCCAGGCUUGUGUUUCCCCACUCCUGGUGACCAUACAUUACACUCCAUGGGUUUUUGUUGUUUCUACUGAACACUUAUCACAUACCGUAUUGCGAAAGGGAGACGCUGUUCAACUGCUGGGAAUCUGUCUCCCAGGAUGCCUGCUUCGAUCAAUAACAGCGUCACUCGACGUAUAGUAGAUCACCCACUUUGUAUUUAUCGGCUAGGAUAAGGUUUUCUUUGGUUUUUGGUAUUGCCAUAUAUGUUUGUGCAUCGAAAAAGAGUUGUCUUGUAAGUAAAUCCUGAUAUUAGAGGAUUUUUCCUUUUGUCCAUACCUUGUAAGAAUGUAUAAAAGGAAUGAUGAUCUGUAGAGGAUAUAUCACAAUCAGGCAUGGUUGUACAGACUAAAGUAAACGAUAUACAAGUUUUUUGGAGUGUAAAUAUGAAUGUUUUUCGUUCUAACUGCU